CCGGCCGGCUUCCGCCGCUUGGAGUGCCUUCCCUUCCCUCGGUCCACGCUCAGAUGCUCGCGUUGCGCUUGCCUCUCGGACUAGCAGCAGCAGCAGCAGCAUCAUUCAGGGCAGCCGCUUGGCGAGGGAAGGCGGGAGGGAGCCUCUCGCCUUGAUUGGCGAAGAGCUCCGCCGCCCCUUCGAGCUGCCCGGGUGUUCCCUGGCUGGCCAGCGCUUGCCUGCCGCCCGCCCUCUUCCUUUGCCCGGCACCAGCCAGUAGCUCCCGAAAGGGCGGGCGCCGCCUGCAGAGCAGCAUCGCGGCGGCCGCGGGUCCACGCCAGCAUGUCCAGCAAGGGCAAGAGGACCAAGGAGCAGGGCAGCCGAGUGACCUUCCCCCUUCAGCAGCAGCAGCAGCAAGGAGGCGACGACUGGGAGGACGAGGGGGCGCCCGAAGCAGAGCAGCAGCCCUCCAGCCGGGGCUGGAGGGGAGUCAAUGGGGGGCUGGAGCCCCUCCAACAGCAGCAGCAGCUGCAGAAGGCGGUGAAAACCCACCGGGAAACCUACGGCUGCUACCCGCCCUCGCCAAUGCUGGGCAGCAUGACCAUUGAUGGAAGCCCUUCUUUGAGACGCAUGACUGUGAUGAGGGAAAAGGGAAGGCGGCAAGCAAUCAGAGGUCCAGCUUUUAUGUUCAAUGAGAGGGGCACAAGUCUUACGGCAGAGGAAGAGCGCUUUCUGGACGCGGCAGAGUAUGGGAACAUCCCUGUGGUACGCAAAAUGCUGGAAGAGUCAAAAACUUUGAAUGUCAACUGUGUCGACUAUAUGGGGCAAAAUGCCUUGCAGCUCGCUGUGGGGAAUGAACAUUUGGAAGUGACAGAACUUCUGCUGAAGAAGGAGAAUCUGGCACGGAUAGGAGAUGCCCUGCUGCUUGCAAUUAGCAAAGGGUAUGUCCGGAUUGUGGAAGCAAUCUUGAAUCAUCCUGGGUUUGCAGCCAGCAAGCGGCUGACGCUGAGCCCCUGUGAGCAGGAACUCCAGGACGAUGACUUUUAUUCUUACGAUGAAGAUGGCACCCGAUUCUCCCCAGACAUCACACCCAUCAUUUUAGCAGCCCAUUGUCAGAAGUAUGAGGUGGUGCACAUGCUGUUAAUGAAAGGGGCAAGGAUAGAGAGACCUCAUGAUUAUUUCUGCAAGUGCAACGAUUGUACUGAGAAACAAAAGCAUGAUUCUUUCAGCCAUUCCAGGUCAAGGAUAAAUGCAUACAAGGGAUUGGCAAGUCCUGCUUACCUAUCUCUGUCUAGCGAAGACCCGGUUCUCACUGCUCUAGAACUCAGUAAUGAGCUUGCUAAACUGGCUAAUAUUGAAAAAGAAUUCAAGAAUGACUAUCGCAAGCUGUCUAUGCAAUGCAAGGAUUUUGUGGUUGGCGUCCUUGAUCUCUGCCGAGACUCUGAAGAGGUAGAAUCCAUUCUAAAUGGAGAUUUGGAGGCUGAGCCAGUUGAAACACAAAGGCACAGAGCUUCAUUGAGUCGUGUCAAACUGGCAAUUAAGUAUGAAGUCAAAAAGUUUGUGGCCCAUCCAAACUGUCAGCAACAGCUGUUGACCAUCUGGUAUGAAAACCUUUCAGGAUUACGGGAACAGGCCAUAGCGAUCAAGUGUCUAGUUGUGCUGGUGGUAGCACUGGGCCUCCCAUUUCUUGCCGUUGGGUACUGGAUUGCACCAUGUAGCAGGCUUGGAAAAAUUCUCAGAAGUCCAUUUAUGAAGUUUGUGGCGCAUGCAGCCUCCUUCAUUAUUUUCUUGGGUCUGCUGGUGUUCAACGCUUCAGACAGAUUUGAAGGGGUCACAGUUUUACCCAACGUGACAGUUACUGAUUACCCUAAACAGAUUUUUAGGGUUAAGACCACUCAGUUCAGUUGGACAGAGAUGCUGAUCAUGGUAUGGGUCCUUGGCAUGAUGUGGUCCGAGUGCAAGGAGCUUUGGACAGAAGGACCCCGGGAAUAUAUUUUGCAGCUGUGGAACGUUCUGGAUUUUGGGAUGUUGUCUAUUUUCAUUGCCGCUUUCACAGCAAGGCUACUGGCUUUUCUACAGGCUACAAAAGCACAGCAGUAUGUGGACAACUUCAUUCAAGAGCCUGACCUCUCUGAAGUCACACUUCCACCAAACAUAGAAUAUUUUACUUACGCUCGAGAUAAAUGGCUUCCAUCUGAUCCACAGAUCAUAUCAGAAGGUCUUUAUGCAAUAGCUGUUGUGCUUAGCUUCUCUCGAAUAGCUUAUAUUCUGCCUGCAAAUGAGAGUUUUGGCCCAUUGCAGAUUUCACUUGGAAGGACCGUAAAAGACAUUUUCAAGUUUAUGGUUCUUUUUAUUAUGGUAUUCCUUGCCUUUAUGAUUGGGAUGUUCAUAUUGUACUCCUAUUACCUUGGAGCCAAAGUAAACGCAGCAUUUACGACAGUUGAAGAAAGCUUUAAGACCUUAUUUUGGUCAAUUUUUGGCUUAUCGGAGGUCACAUCAGUUGUUCUCAAAUAUGACCACAAAUUCAUUGAGAAUAUUGGCUACGUGUUGUAUGGAAUAUACAACGUAACAAUGGUUGUGGUUUUACUCAACAUGCUGAUUGCCAUGAUUAACAGCUCCUAUCAAGAAAUUGAGGAUGACAGUGACGUGGAGUGGAAAUUUGCUCGCUCCAAGCUCUGGUUAUCAUACUUCGAUGAUGGGAAAACCCUGCCGCCUCCAUUCAGCCUUGUCCCAAGUCCCAAGUCUUUUGUUUAUUUCUUUAUAAGGAUCAUUAAGUUAUUUAAGUGCAGGCGGAAAAGACUGCAGAAGGAUAUGGAACUGGGAAUAGACAACUCAAAAUCCAGGCUCAAUCUCUUUUCUCAAUCCAACUCGAGGGUUUUUGAAUCACACAGCUUUAAUAGCAUUCUCAAUCAGCCGACACGCUAUCAGCAAAUCAUGAAGAGACUUAUAAAACGUUAUGUUCUGAAAGCACAAGUAGACAAGGAAAAUGACGAAGUCAAUGAGGGUGAACUGAAGGAAAUUAAGCAAGAUAUUUCCAGUCUUCGCUAUGAACUCCUCGAAGACAAGUCUCAAGCAACAGAGGAGUUGGCAAUUCUCAUCCAUAAACUCAGUGAGAAACUCAAUCCAAAUUUAACAAGAUGUGAAUGAUCUCAAAUCCCUGGAUUUUGACCACAGCACAAGUAUUGGCAAUAAUAUUUAUGAGUGACUUAUACUUGAAAAUGUAUUGUAGAUUUUUAGCACUAAAUAACUUUAUGUACAGCUUUAUUUGAAAUACCGUCUUAGAAGAUUUUAUGAAUUUACAUGCAAAAAAAAAUCAGUUUAUUUAAUGUGUAUUAUAAAGGAUACUUUGCAUUUAUUUAAUAAGGUGCAACUGUAUCUAAACAAUCUUGCAUUGCAAAUAGUUUUAUCAAUAAAAUGUAUAUCAUUUGCACUGAACAAAGAAAAAACAACACUGAAGACUAGGGCUGCAAUCCUAAACCGGCUUACUAGGGAGGUAAACAUGUUUAGGAUUGUAAGGCAUAUGUCCUCCACCAUGCUGAUGGGAGAUGUAGUAACCAAAAUACAGCCAGCUCAGUGAAAGAUUACUUGAAAGUACUUUGCAUAUGAUCCAGUUAAAAUCAAAGCACGUUGAACUCCCAUUGAUUUCAGCGGCAUGUGCUUCUCACACUGAUGUUAACACACACACACACACACACACACACACACACACACACACACACACAGCACAAUCCUGUGCAUGUUUCCUUGGAAGCAAGUCCCCAAAGUUUAGUGGGCCUUAGAUUGCAAUCUUAUUCAUGCUUCCUUCAUAGCUGCCAAGUCUCCCGUUUUUCGCGGGAAACCCCCCGGAUUUUAAUGCAUUUCCUGCUGUUAUCCUGAAUAGAAAAAAAUCCCGGAAAUCCCCCAGAUUUCCUACCUGCCAGGGAGGCUCCAUUUUGGGUGCCGCUCUGCCCAUGUCUGGGCACCGGAAAUUGGGCAGCGCCGGCACCGGAAGUUGCUUCUACGCAUGUCCAGACAUGCGUAGAAGCGACUUCCGGUGCCGUGCCGCUGCUGAUCCCGCAUUUUUCAGCGGGAGACUUGGCAGCUAUGGCUUCCAUUGAACUCACUGGAGCUUAUUUUGGAGUGGACACAUGUAGGAUUGCACUGCUGCUUCCUAGUAUGGAUACUUGGACUAACCUUUUUAAGUGCUUAACUUUCACUGGAUCACACCCCUUGAUUUAUCAGAUUUCUUAAGAAACAAGCCAUGGCAUGGACAACUGAAUGUUUAAUAGUGGAAAUAAAAAUGCGGCUAUAAUAGUAAUAGUGCCGUUAAAAUUACCUAUACCUAUAUAAGUUUGCAUAUUUGCUUUCAGAAUAGGAAGUAUUUUUUUUUUACUUCUAACUAAUGUGAACUGUCAAAAUAUACAUUUUCAUGUGGUAAAGAUGAUUUUUUAAAUUUUAAGAUACUAUGCAGGGCUGAUAUUUUGUUACAUUUGUUCUAAAUAAUGCCUCUGAUGCGUACUUGUUAAAUAAAAUAUUCAUACUUUAUUGACUCUUUUAUUUUUAAUACUAUGUCAGUAGUGAGUAGGAACGCUCAAGCACAUUGAGGGGAAGGGCAUGGAUGGAUGGAGGAUUGGUGCAAACGACCUGGAACUACAGGGCUGAGGAAUUGAUUUAAUGCAGGGCAUGGGAACAAAAGAAAAUCAGUCCAAUAUGGAUCUGCGGUCCUCUAGUACAGGGGUGUCCAAACUUUUUUCAAAGAGCCAGAUUUGAUGAAGUGAACAUAACGUGAGGGCCAACCAUUUUGCCUGACAUUCUUUGAGCCAUUAA